UGACACCCCAGUUCAGCGCACGUACCAUCUCUCUGCAUCUCCCAUUUGCGUACCAACUUCCUUCUCAGAGCUUCUGCACGCUUUGGACCUUCUACGCAUGGUUCUACAGCAUUUCCUGUUCCAGAUCGUGGUCAUUGCGUCCCUCCGCACAGAGACAUCGGGGACGAAUACCCACGCCUCGAUCAUGGCCACGUUGGACAGCGCAUGGCAAUCGGCUGCCGGCUUGUCCAGCUGUUGCAUGUCCUCGACUUUCAGAAGCGCCGAAUCCCUAAGUGCGGGAAUCGCGGGUUUGGUACCACACGGUGAGCAUCAGACACGACGAUCAUGCUGUGAGGACGGCUCGAAUUUUUCCUUCUCUCAUCUGCCGUGAUGGCGCUCACCCGGUCGAGUGGGCCUGGCAGUUGAUUCGAACUAGCUUACUAUGGAAUUCUCAUUUCACCAUACUAUACUGAGGAACUGUGUUGAAGAUCAUCGUCGGAAUUGACUACUCUAGGCACAAGAUGCACCACUCAAGCUUCAUCCCGCGGUCCUCCGCAGAAUGCGGCAUUCUGAGCCGACUACACUUUUCUGCCACGGGCCAUCAGAUUCUCACUGACCAUCAUCCACGUGGCGUGGCGAAACCUGUGAGCUCCCACCACAUCGGUCAUGGUAUUCAUUCUUCUGGUAGCGAGAAAUGCUUGGGCCUCUUCUC